UCUCGCCACUGCCCCCCUAACCUGGGUGACAGAGUGAGACUCCGUCUCAACAACAGCAGCAACAACAAAACAAAAACAACAACAGAAAACCAUGUGCCCUGGAGUCUUCAUUGGGGCGGCUUCUACAGGGUACCCCAAACUAAGGCAUGAGUUAGCUAACCCUUGGGGACUUUUUACCUCUGAUUUCUGGUUUUUGUCCCUCAUCCUCUCCCCAUAGAAAAGUCCAACUUGAUCGUGGUCCAGAGAGGUUGCAGCCCACCCACGUCCUCCCUGGUUCAGCCUCAAUCCCAAUGCCAGCUGAGUCAGAUGACAUUUCACAAGAUCCCUGCUGACAGCCUAGAGUGGCAUGAGAACCUGGGCCAUGGGUCCUUCACCAAGAUUUACCGGGGCUGUCGCCACGAGGCGGUGGAUGGGGAGUCCCGAAAGACAGAGGUGCUGCUAAAAGUGAUGGAUGCUAAGCACAAGAACUGCAUGGAGUCAUUCCUGGAAGCAGCGAGCUUGAUGAGCCAAGUGUCGUACCGGCAUCUCGUGCUGCUCCACGGCGUGUGCAUGGCUGGAGACAGCACCAUGGUGCAGGAAUUUGUACACCUGGGGGCGAUAGACACAUAUCUGCGAAAACGUGGCCACCUGGUGCCAGCCAGCUGGAAGCUGCAGGUGGUCAAACAGCUGGCCUACGCCCUCAACUAUCUGGAGGACAAAGGCCUCCCCCAUGGCAAUGUCUCCGCCCGGAAGGUGCUCCUGGCUCGGGAGGGGGCUGAUGGGAGCCCACCCUUCAUCAAGUUGAGUGACCCUGGGGUCAGCCCCGCUGUGUUAAGCCUGGAGAUGCUCACCGACAGGAUCCCCUGGGUGGCUCCCGAGUGUCUUCGGGAGGCCCAGACACUUAGCUUGGAAGCUGACAAGUGGGGCUUCGGUGCCACGGUCUGGGAGGUGUUUAGUGGCGUCACCAUGCCCAUCAGCGCCCUGGAUCCUGCUAAGAAACUCCAAUUUUAUGAGGACCGGCAGCAGCUGCCGGCCCCCAAGUGGACAGAGCUGGCCCUGCUGAUUCAACAGUGCAUGGCCUAUGAGCCGGUCCAGAGGCCCUCCUUCCGAGCCGUCAUUCGUGACCUCAACAGCCUCAUCUCUUCAGACUAUGAGCUCCUCUCAGACCCCACACCUGGUGCCCUGGCACCUCGUGAUGGGCUGUGGAAUGGUGCCCAGCUCUAUGCCUGCCAAGACCCCACGAUCUUCGAGGAAAGACACCUCAAGUACAUCUCACAGCUGGGCAAGGGCAACUUUGGCAGUGUGGAGCUGUGCCGCUAUGACCCGCUAGGCGACAACACAGGUGCCCUGGUGGCCGUGAAACAGCUGCAGCACAGCGGGCCAGACCAGCAGAGGGACUUCCAGCGGGAGAUUCAGAUCCUCAAAGCACUGCACAGUGAUUUCAUUGUCAAGUAUCGUGGUGUCAGCUACGGCCCGGGCCGCCAGAGCCUGCGGCUGGUCAUGGAGUACCUGCCCAGCGGCUGCUUACGCGACUUCCUGCAGCGGCACCGCGCGCGCCUCGAUGCCAGCCGCCUCCUGCUCUACUCCUCGCAGAUCUGCAAGGGCAUGGAGUACCUGGGCUCCCGCCGCUGUGUGCACCGUGACCUGGCCGCCCGAAACAUCCUGGUGGAGAGCGAGGCACACGUCAAGAUCGCUGACUUCGGCCUAGCUAAGCUGCUGCCGCUUGACAAAGACUACUACGUGGUCCGCGAGCCGGGCCAGAGCCCCAUUUUCUGGUAUGCCCCCGAAUCCCUCUCGGACAACAUCUUCUCUCGUCAGUCAGACGUCUGGAGCUUCGGGGUCGUCCUGUACGAGCUCUUCACCUACUGCGACAAAAGCUGCAGCCCCUCGGCCGAGUUUCUGCGGAUGAUGGGAUGUGAGCGGGAUGUCCCCGCCCUCUGCCGCCUCCUGGAACUGCUGGAGGAGGGCCAGAGGCUGCCGGCGCCACCUGCCUGCCCUGCUGAGGUUCACGAGCUCAUGAAGCUGUGCUGGGCCCCUAGCCCACAGGACCGGCCAUCGUUCAGCACCCUGGGCCCCCAGCUGGACAUGCUAUGGAGCGGAAGCCGGGGGUGUGAGACUCACGCCUUCACUGCUCACCCAGAGGGCAAACCACACUCCCUGUCCUUUUUAUAGCUCCUGCCCGCAGACCUCUGGAUUAGGUCUCUGUUGAUUGGCUGUGUGACCUUAGACAGGGAGCUGCCCCUCUCUGGGCCUCAGAGGCUUUAUAAGGGUCCUCUACUUCAGGAACACCCUUUGGGGGGUUCCCAUGGCUUGUGGAAUAGCCUGUGGCCUUUGCAAUUUGUUAAGAUUCAGGACAGAUUGGCAGAUGUGUCAGUGAGGCUCUCUGAGUCCUGGCCCAAAGAAGCAAGGAACCAAAUUGAAGACCCUCCCAUCUUCUAUCCCCUCAAGCCCUGGCCCCCUGAGUUUCCUUUUCUCUCUCUCUCUUUUUAUUUUUAUUUUUCUUUUUGAGACAGAGCCUCGCUCUGUUACCCAGGGUGGAGUGCAGUGGUGCGAUCUCGGCUCGGUGCAACCUCUGCUUCCCAGGUUCAAGCGAUUCUCCUGCCUCAGCCUCCUGAGUAGCUGGGAUUACAGGUGUGCACCACCAGACCCAGCUAAUUUUUUUUAUUUUCAGUAGAGAUGAGGUUUCACCAUGACGGCCAGGCUGAUCUCAAACUCCUGACCUCAAGUGAUCCUCCCACC